AUGGAGGUCUCAGGCCUCACAAGCUCGAAAGCGUCUCGUUCCUUCGACGAGCAGUCGGUGCAUCGCAUUGCUGGAGGUCAGGAGCUUUUAGGAAAGAAGGCCGGCCAAAGCGAACACUGCGUGGUGGAGUUGCUUUUCGCUGCUCUUUUUCUCGUGCAGGUCAAAGCACCGACCACGAAGUUCGACCACGUCUUCGUGCUGCCACUGCCUACGAUCAAGAUGGACAAGGUACCUGCAAAGAACUGCGUCCGCAGCGGGAUAGGGGCAUACAAAGAGUUCCAGGGGACCGGCGUCGUCACCAGCGUCCCGAGUGAUUCACCUGAUGACUAUGCUGCCUACAUGGAUCUGAUGAAGUCAGGUGGGUCAUGCAGUCUCGACUCUACAGCCGUUUUUGUGCGAAAAGUGCGAGCUCGAACUACGUCACCUGGGCCAGACAAGAAGCGAGAGUUCUUCGGAGUGAAGAAGGAGUGGGUGGUGCCCUUCGACUUGAUCCCCAUCAUUGACGUAGAGAUCGAUGGCGAAAUUCGGACCAUGGCAGCGCAGUACAUGUGUGAGAAGCUGGGCGUACAGUCCAUCAACGACCGGGUGAAACUAGCAGAAGCUCACGACACCUGCUACAAGCUGGGUUUCGACAAAGGUGUUAUGUCGACUGGGCCUUUCAAGGGUCAGCCUGUCAAGAAAGCCAAAGUCGAGUUCAGAAAUGUUAUGAUUCAGGCAAAGCAAGCGUUCACGUACUCAGAGCCCGAGAAGAAGGUGAUUUCGAGAUCGGGUGAUGAGUGCGUGGUGGCUGCAAUUGAUCAAUGGUACUUGAAGUACGGGGAAGAGUCUUGGAAAGGACAGAUUGAGGGCCAUCUGCAGAGCUCCAACUUUGUCAGCUACAACGAUCGCAUCAAGGAGUCUUUCGAGGAUGCAAUUAGCUGGCUGAAAGAGUGGGCAUGCAGUCGAUCCUUCGGGCUGGGCACACAGGUACCUUGGGACGAGCAGUUCGUCAUCGAGUCACUGUCAGAUAGCACUAUUUACAUGGCUUACUACACGGUGGCACAUCUGCUCCAUGGAGAGGACAAUUUGGAUGGUGGGCAAAUGAGUCCCGCCAAAAUUCAGGCUGAGGAUCUUACUGACGAUGUGUGGGAUUUUGUUUUCCUCAACACGCCCUUGCCGAAAAAGAGUAAGAUUCCUCAGAAGACACUGGAGAAGAUGCGGAAAGAGUUCAGGUUUUGGUACCCCAUGGACCUGAGAGUAUCCGGCAAGGAUUUGAUUCAGAAUCAUUUGACUAUGGCUCUGUACAACCAUGCUUGCGUUUGGGAGAAGGAGCCCGAACUCUGGCCGAAGAGCUUUUUCUGCAACGGCUGGUUGUUAGUCAACAAUGAGAAGAUGUCCAAAUCGAAGGGAAACUUCUUCACAGUGGAGGAGAUCAUCAACAAUUACUCGGCAGACACGGUCCGCCUUGCAAUGGCAAACUCCGGCGAUACACUGGAGCCAGCAAAUUUUGACCAGACAGUGUGUAACAAAGCAGUACUCACUCUCGCGGUCUUUUUGGAGACCAUGAAAGCCCUCGUCAGCGGCAGCGAGCCGCUUGAUGUAGGUAACGAGAAUACACGUUUCGUGGACAAGUGGUUUGCCAACGAAAUGAAUCGCCUGGUGUUGGAGAGUAAGAAAUUCUAUGAGACGAUGUACUAUCGGGAAGCUUUGCGCACAUGCUACUUCGAGUUCACGUCCGUUUUCGAUCAGUAUCGUGACAUUUGCAAAGCUGCCAACUGUCGGCCCAACAAAGCUUUGACCAUGCGGUAUUUGGAAUGGCAAAUGAUAACGCUGUCACCAAUUUGCCCGCACUUCUGCGAGCACGGUUGGUCGACCGUCCUUGGAAAGUCAGGAUCGGUGUUGGACGCGAGGUUUCCAGCUCCAACAGCUCCAGUGGAUACUUCGCUGUCCAAUCAGGGUGACUACAUGUUCAACAAGGUGCCCCACGACUUCAUCAAGCUGCUGGAGAAAGCAACCAAAGCUGGGACGGCAAAGUCGGCCGUUGUUUAUGUUGCGAAGGAGUUCCCUGACUGGAAGAAGACGGUCUUGGCGAAGCUCAGGUCGCGACAGGGUGCCGGCAAGUUACCCCUGGUCUCUCAGGAAGACAUGAAGGCGAACCCGGAAGCCUCUGCGCAGUGGAAGGAAAUCAUGACAGAGCUGAUGCAGGACCCAUCGCUGAAACCCUUCGGCAAGCAUUUGGGGCCUUUCGCUGCUUUCAAACGAGACGAGGCUGCUGCAUUUGGAGCGAGUGCCUUAGAUGCAUCCUUACCGUUUGAUGAGCUGGCCCUGAUUGCCGAGAACGUGCCAUACUUGCAGCAGAAGUUGCAGGUGCAGGUGGAGGUGUGCUCAGCCGAGUCUGCCAAACCUGAUCACAAGGAUGCGGCCGGUAACUCACAGCCUGGGAAGCCCGGCAUCCACUUCGAGAUUGAAAGCAGCAAGACGGGUGGUGGUGGUGGAGGUCUUCAAAGUGCUGCCUCGCUUGUCACCUUUGAUCCGCGCAUCAUGGACAAAGUAGCGAGGCUAGCGAUUCGUCGCAUGGCCAGAUGUUUGCGCGUUGUGCUUGCUCUUGGCUCUCUGGCGCUUCCUCUGCCGUCUCAGACGAUUUAUGCAAGAAAGGAGAAGCUCGUAGAGAGCCGCUUCAUUGUGCGUUACCCGGAAGGGUCAGGGGAGAGGCUCAAUGAGUACGUGGCACAUUUGGAGAACAUUCCAGGCAUCCGCAGGGCUGAUGCAUUGAGACGGUUGGAUAUGGCUGUCGUGGUUUGCGAGGCAGGCGCUGACGAAGAUUCUGUUUUGCAGGCCAUCGAUGCGGACAAGGAUGUGGAGCUUGCAGUUCCGGAUUCCUGGGUCUACGCAUUUGGUGCAGAUGCUCAGAUGUGCUCUGCGAAUCCUGGCUGCCGCGCCUUGAACUUGCAAGGCAGCUGCUGUCCAGCCUCGGACGGUGUCCACGGCGGCUACAUUACAGUGUCGCACUUCGGGCGUGUGGGUUGGCGAGGGAAGAAGACAGAUCCAGAUGCACAAAUCCAACUUGAAGCACAUCCAGAUGGGUAUGUGUCACUGCGCUCCAGUCACGGAACAUACCUUGUGACAAGUCCAUCUGGACAUCUGGUGGCAUGGCAUCGCGGACAUCGAGACGCUGAUGAUUGGGAAAAGUUCAAGCUUAUUUACAACACCGAUGACACAAUUUCGCUUCGCAGCAAGGUCUCCGACAAGCAUGUCAGUCGGGACAAUUCUACGUCAGACAUGCUUUCAGCCACAACCGAUAGAGUAGAGAUAAGUGAGCGGUUUAUGGUCACCAUGACUCAUGGCAAAGAUACCUUGGUUCCCAAUGACCCACGGCUUUCGAAGCUGUGGGCCAUCGAUCACUUUGGUGAUCGUGACAUGGAUGCAGUUGAGGCGUGGAAAAUGUCUUCGCGAUCAGUCACGGAAUCAGCACAGCCCGUAGUGGUUGCGGUCAUUGACACUGGAAUUGACUAUACGCAUCCGGAUUUGCAGGAGUCCAUGUGGGUCAAUCCAAACGAAAUUGCUGGCAAUGGCAUUGAUGACGAUGGAAACGGCAUUGUGGAUGAUGUACACGGGGCAGACUUUGCAAACAACGAUGGGGAUCCCAUGGAUGACCAGAUGCAUGGAACCCAUUGCGCAGGCACCAUUGCUGCCACUGGAAACAACAGCAUUGGAAUUGCCGGAGUUGCGUGGCAGGGCGUCCGUCUCAUGGCUUUAAAGUUCUUAACGUCAACAGGCGGAGGCCGCACCUCUGAUGCUGUGAAGUCUUUGAACUAUGCAGUUGCCAUGGGCGCCCAGAUCCUGAGCAACUCUUGGGGUGGUAGCGGCUCAUCUUCUGCACUCCGGGUGGCCAUCGAGAGGUCCGAGCAUGCCGGAGUGCUCUUUAUGGCAGCUUCAGGCAAUGACGGCCUGGACAAUGACGAGGUGCCGAAUUUCCCGGCAAACUACCCCAACGAAAACAUCAUAUCCGUGGCUUCAACCACGCAGAAAGGAGACUUGUCUGCCUUCUCCUGUUAUGGCAAAACUACGGUAGAUGUUGCUGCUCCGGGAAGUGACAUCUACUCGACCAUACCGGGUGGAGACUAUGCGUCGCUCAGCGGCACAUCUAUGGCAACGCCACACGUCAGUGGCUUGGCCGCUCUAAUUUGGCUCUACCGGCCCGAGCUGGCGGUGAGUCAGGUCAAGGACAUCAUCCUUCGCUCGACGGUUCCGGAGAAGAGUUUAGAGAACGCUUGUGUGACUGGUGGUCGGAUCAAUGCUCGCCGAGCCAUGGGCCUGGCGUCGAUUUACCCAGCACCAAGGCCUCCAAUCCACGCGCCUAAGCAGGUACGUUUUGCCGACAUAAACCCCGGUGUUGGCCGCAUCGGCGGUAGUGUCAUCAUUUCUGCACCAGAUGAUCAAAGCGACAUAGAGUACUAUGGUGUGCACUUUCUUUCCUCGGCCGGUGUCCUCAUGGAAAGCAUCGGAAAAGCCAAUGUCUCCGGUCACAAAACUUUGAGCAUCAAGCUGGACAACUUGACGAUUCCAUUGUUUGCUAAGGGCAUGGCGGCGGUUGCAGCAAAUAGUAGUGGGAGGAUGCCGGUCACAGCAGCUGCGGUAUUGGAGAUUGAGGACUACGGUGUUCCCGAGGCUGGCCCAGAGGAUGUGUCAUUCGGUGGUGAUGCAGAUCCCGCGGCCGGCAAAGUGGGCGGCAGCAUCAAGAUCCGUCGGGCAUGCAAUGAGAGAACCGUAAGCCACUACAACAUCUAUUGGCAGCAUGCUUCCGAGCGUGGCGACUUGCUGGGCUCGGUUCCAGCAAUUGGAUACCUCUCCCCUUCAUGCACGGGUGACUGCUCAUUGCUGAACAUGAGCUAUGAGAAUGGAAAGCACCUCUAUCACCGUGAUGCUUACGGCAACAACGAGCUUGCAGUGAUUACCUUCAGUGGCCCUGCCACCGUGAAAGUCACAAGCUUCUUGACAGAGAGCUACUACGACUACUUGGAAAUUGCCGGGACACAAAUAAGUGGAACAGAUUUGGAGCUUCCUAAAGUAAUUCAUGUGCCAAGGGGAGAUCAGACGCUCACGUGGCUCAGCGACCACAGCGAGGGCGAAGGUGGCUGGAGCCUGGAGUUGUGGCAGGAUGGUGAGGAAGCACGAUUUGCUCUGCCAACCUCAAGGGUUUCAAGCGCUGAUAUUAAAGUCGUUUCGGCUUACGGCCGGACAGAGCUCUCCUCAGAGGCCAUGUCGUGUCCGAUAAACGACUUUGAUUCCAGCUCCAUGCCGCCCUCUAGAGCAUACCUGCCCGAUUCCGUGGAGUUCAACGAUGAAAAUGUGGAGGAAGGCGUCAUAAGCGGAGCGAUCAAAUUGAGGCUGCCGGAGGUCCGUCUGCAAGGCAUCGUCUCGUCCUAUCGUGUGCUGCUCGCUGACAAGGCCGGUAUCGAAAUCCCAGGUUUCAGUUGGACCAAAGAGCUGGACCACGAGAUCACCGAUACUGUGCAAGUACAGUUGCCUGGAGAAGGCUUGCAAGUGCCAGAUGCGGCUGCUUCCGUGGUUGUACACGCUGUGAAUCCGUCCGGGGUGAGCGCGGCGACUGUUUCUACCAAGCUUAUGGACAUUGUCCGGAGUGUGCCGGUCUUUGCCAACUUCUCUGGCGAUGAAGACCCCGUCGAAAACCAAAUCAAGGGUACCGUAACCAUUCUGCCAGCUGCGAAUCCAAAAAACAUUAUUGCAUACACGGUUUACCUCUCCACCGGCGACGAGAAAGUAUCUUUGAUUGGACGGGUAGCCGCAAGAAAGCCAGGAGUGGUGCGAUAUGCUUUGCAUGCAGCCUUCAGACCUGGACAGAGUCUCAUGGUUGUGAGUUCGUAUGCAGACAAGGACAUGGAGCAUGGUGUCGUUAUCGCUGUUGAGGACUUUGUCGAAUCCUUUGCUGGCUACGGUUGGUACGGCUGGGGCGGAUAUGGAGACAGCAGCACUGGCGGCAACCGUCGACUGGACAGGGGGGGAAGGGUUCAGGAGCCGUGGCUGAAGCACGAUCAUAAACCUGGCGCAGGUGAUGUUCAGCCGCUUUGGUCUGCAACCGACUCGCGAACCCUUCCACUUCCCGUCUCAAACGCGGGUCGCAUGCCUCUUGGCAACAGGCAAGGAAUUUUUGGCACGGUCACAAUUCCGGGCUUUCUUAAGCCGAUCAAGCUGCAGACCGACGGCCAGGAUCAGUUUGUUCCACCCAGUGUCCGAGAGAGACGGAUUAUUGCUGAAGUCUUGUCCGAAUCGCUGCCUGGAGUGCAGCACGGUCAAGUUAAACUUACGCUAGGACGUGCCUUUAAGGAUGCAUCCGCUUUGCCUGGAGUGGGCUCUGAUCAGCCAGCCGUGCGGGUGAUGCCGGGGGCAGCACGCCUUGUGGUUGACUUCGAAGUCCUCGCUCCCCGGCUGGAGCCAGAAGCCUUGCAGCAAUUCUUUGAUCGGGUGGAGGCCAAGCUAAUCCUGCUCAGCGGCGCAGGAGCGGCAACUGCUCGCCUGUCAUCUGCAUUAGCGAAACGCUUGGAGCCGUUGGGGUACCAAUUUGCCGCAGGCUUUCAAGUCUUCAUGGGGGAGCCGCAGCAAGUAACACCAAAAACGCAGCCAGGUCGACUGCUUCAGGAGGCCGAAAUCGGGGAGGCGUCCAAGAAACACCAUGUACAGACAGUUUGGACAACAUCCGCUCUUGUAUUCUUGAUGUCCGUGGCUGGAUGGGCGGCCUUUCUGGCAAUGGCCGUGGGCCGUGCCAGACGAAUUAAGAAUGGGAUUGAAGCCGACGCAGCCUUGGAAUCUGUACAAGUGCACCACGCUGACAGAGCGACCGGCUGA